AUGAAAUCUCAGUUUGAGGUAUAUUUGAGAUUGAAACCAUCAAAUAAGUAAUAAUUAUAAUCUAGGCAGUCAAUCUUAGAAUGGAAUGCAAUAUAAAUUAUAUUAGAAUAAGAGAUUAUAAGUGUUAUUACCUAGACAUGUGAAAUUUGGAUUGAUCAAUAAUAAUAGAGAUAAUUUAGAAUUCAAUUUUACAAAUGUUUUUGAUUAGAAAUCUUCAUAGGAAUAAGUAUUUAGUAGUGUUACUACUCCAGUUAUAAAUAGGUGAGGAAACUAAUUAAAAAUAGUUUUUUGGAUGGUUAUAAUGCAACAAUAUUUGCUUAUGGUUAAACAGGAUCAGGUAAAACAUAUACAAUGAGUGGUGCUGAAACAUGGUAAUUAAGAGGAGUAAUACCAAGAACAUUAUCUUAUAUAUUUGAUGAAAUUGACAAACGUACUAAGUUUGAAUAUAAAAUAUACAUUUCCUUUAUGGAAAUUUAUAAUGAAAACGCCUAUGAUUUAUUAGAAAAGAGACAUCUUGAAACUCCUUUAGAAUAAUGGAAUAAAGUAUAAAUAUUAAUAGGAAUAUUAUUAGAUUGCACUUUAUGAAGAUGAUUAAAAUAAUAUUCAUUUAAAGAAUCUGUCAAUUCAUUAAUGUAAUAAUGAAUAAGAAGGAAUUGACUUACUUAUGAUGGGUAAUUUCAUUAGAUAAGUAAGUUCAACUCCGAUGAAUUAAUCAAGUUCAAGAUCUCAUUGUAUAUUUACUGUCACACUUGAAGGUUGUGAUACAACUACUGAAACAUGUUUUGUAAGCAAAUUACAUUUAGUGGAUUUAGCUGGAUCUGAAAGAAUUAGUAAAUCUUAAGUUGAAGGAAAUCUAUUAAAUGAAGCUAAAUAUAUAAAUCUAUCAUUAACAUAUUUAGAACAAGUCAUUAUAGCUUUAAAUGAAAGAAUGAAAGGAUCUAAUAGAUAACAUAUUCCAUAUAGAAAUUCUUUAAUGACUACUUUACUUAAAGAUUCUCUAGGAGGAAACUGUAAAACUGUAAUGAUUGCAACUAUUAGCUCUGAUAAUGAUAACAUAGAAGAAACGUUAUCUACUUUGAGAUUUAGUUAAAGAGUAGGUUAAUUAGAAAAUGAAGUAUAAUAUUAUUAUUAUCUUAAGAUUAGGAAAAAUGAAAAAGUAGAUUUAGAAGCUGUAGUUAAAAGAUUGGAAUAAGAAAAGUUAGCACUUAUUAGAGAAUUAGAAUAAUAUUAAAGAACAAGUAAUACCAACACUAAUACUCUUAAUUCUAAUACUAAGAAAUCUUCAUCAUCUUAAUAAUCUAUAUUACCUAUCACUAAUGGAAAUUAUUUAAAUCAAAAAGAUAUUUCUGAUAAAGUUGAACUCUAUUUAAAUGAACGUAUUACACAAUUAGAUGUUAAAAGUUUAGAAGAAGCUUAAAUGUGUUUUGAAGCUAUGAAAGAUUUAUAUAAUAUAAGAAUGAAAGAAUAUGUGACUGAACUUACAUUUAUUUCUGAAAAAUUACAAAAAUAUGAUGAAAUAUUAACUAGAAAGUAAUAUUUUAAUUAUUAUCUAUAUUUAGAAAAGAACAAAGCUCUUUUGUAGAAUAAAAAGAAAAUAGUUCUCCAGAAGUUGAUGUUUACAGAAGAAAUGAAUCUCCUUAAAUCAAUUUUAAAAAGAAACCAAAUUAGUGA